GUCAUUUUGGGGCCAAGAACACUCCCAAAAAUCUGUUUCUAAUUUUCCAGAAAACCUUUGAAAUUUGGCAAGGUUUUUCAAAGUAUGCGGAAAAAAAAGUUUUCCUAAGUUUUGACUAACUGUGAAAGCAGAGCCUGCCAUUUCAGACUCCUCUUACUGAUCCACUGAUCAACACCCAGCAGAAAGAAUUUGUAUUCUUAUAGAAUAAAUCUGGAAAAAUGAAGACCCAGCUAAAAAUUAUAUUUGGAGUGAUUGUAUGCCUUUUGCUUUCUUUAUUAAUUACAUGCAUUCUACUACUUCCAGCAAGAGUUCCCAACUCAGAUGACAGUCCUAGGGCUCUUACACUGGAGGAUUAUUUGAAUGGAAAGUUUCAGUACAAAACAUUUUUUCCAUACUGGAUUUCAAGCCAUGAAUAUCUUCAUCAAUCAGCAGAAGAUAACAUUAUUCUUUAUAAUGUUGAAACUGAGAGCUCAAAUACCAUCUUGACUAAUGACACACUUAAAAAAGUUAACGCCACAAACUUUGUUUUAUCAGCUGAUAAAAAAUUUAUAGUUCUGGAAAGCAGUUACACAAAGCUUUGGAGACAUUCUUAUACAGCAUCAUACCACAUUUAUGAUCUUGAAUACAGUAAUUUUGUAACAGAAAAUCCACUUCCACAUACAAUUCAAUAUAUAUCCUGGUCACCUGUUGGACACAAAUUGGCAUAUGUUUAUCAGAAUAAUAUCUAUCUGAAACUAUAUCCUGAAGAUCUACCUAUUAAAAUAACUAAUAAUGGAAAAGAGAAUGUAAUAUUUAAUGGAAUUCCCGACUGGGUCUAUGAAGAGGAAAUGCUUGCUGUGAAAUAUGCUCUGUGGUGGUCUCCAAAUGGAAAGUUUAUAGCAUAUGUAGAAUUUAAUGAUACUGACAUACCAAUUAUUGAAUAUUCAUAUUAUGGUGAGGACCAGUAUCCUAGAAAAAUGUCUAUUCCAUAUCCCAAGGCUGGGGCUAAAAAUCCUACCGUUAGAGUGUUUAUUGUAGACACUACUAACCCUGAAGGUUUAGGUCCUAAGGAAGUACCUGUUCCUGCAGUGAUAGCAUCAAGUGAUCACUAUUUCACUUGGCUUACUUGGGUAACAGAUAAUCGAAUCAGUGUGCAAUGGCUGAAGCGAAUCCAGAAUUUUUCUGUCUUAGCUGCAUGUGACUUCCAAGAAAACUCCAAUUCCUGGUACUGUCCAGAGAAUCAGCAGCAUAUAGAAGAGAGUCAGACUGGAUGGGCUGGUGGAUUCUUCGUUUCAACACCAUAUUUUACUUCAGAUAACUCUUCAUACUACAAAAUUUUUAGUGACAAGGCUGGUUAUAAGCAUAUUCACUACAUCAAUGGCUCAGUGGAAAAUGCAAUACCAAUUACGAGUGGACAAUGGGAGGCAAUAUACAUUUUCAGAGUAACAGAUGAUGCAAUAUUCUAUUCAAGCAAUGAAUUUGAAGGCUAUCCAGGGAGAAGGAAUAUAUAUAAAAUUAGCAUUGGAAGCAAUCCUCUAAGGAAACAAUGCAUUACUUGUAAUAUAAGGAAAGAAAGGUGUCAGUAUUACACAGCGAGAUUUAGUGAAAAUGCAAAGUAUUAUGCCCUAGUCUGCUAUGGUCCAGGCAUUCCUAUUUCCACUCUUUUUGACAGCAGCAAUGACAGAGAGAUUAAAGUCCUGGAAGACAACUGGGAAUUAGAAUCUGCGUUGAAAAACAUCAAAAUGCCUAAAAUGGAAAUUAAGAAACUUGCAGUGAAUGGAAUUACCUUGUGGUACAAGAUGCUUCUACCUCCACAGUUUGAUAGAUCCAAGAAGUAUCCUCUGCUUAUUCAAGUGUAUGGAGGACCUUGCAGUCAGAAUGUAAAGCACACGUUUGGGAUUAGCUGGAUAACCUAUCUUGCAAGCAGAGAGGAAAUUAUUGUUGCUCUUGUGGAUGGCAGAGGAACAGCUUUUCAAGGUGACAAGAUGCUGCAUGCAGUAUAUCGAAAACUCGGAGUCUAUGAAGUUGAGGACCAAAUCUCUGCAGCAAAAAAAUUUAUAGACAUGGGUUUUGUUGAUGAAAAAAGAAUAGCAAUUUGGGGCUGGUCUUAUGGUGGAUAUGUAACUUCUCUGGCACUUGGAUCUGGCAGUGGAGUAUUUAAAUGUGGCAUGGCAGUGGCUCCUGUCUCCAGCUGGGAAUAUUACGCAUCUAUCUACACAGAGCGAUUUAUGGGUCUUCCAACUGAGUCAGAUAAUCUCAAACACUACCAAAAUUCAACUGUGAUGGCGAGAGCAGAGAACUUCCGAAAUGUGGAAUAUCUUCUCAUCCACGGAACAGCAGAUGAUAAUGUACAUUUUCAGAACUCAGCACAGAUCGCUAAAGCUCUUGUUAACGCACAGGUGGAUUUCCAGGCAAUGUGGUACACUGAUCAGGAUCAUGGAAUUCCUGGCCUUUCAAGUAAACAUCUUUAUACCCAUAUGACCCACUUCCUCAAACAAUGUUUUUUCCUGUCAGAAUAACAAAGGUAUUCUCAUCAUGAUGAAGCAUCUUAUUCAUCCAUGAGAGCUAGAUGUGCCUUGAUAUGAUGUGGUUGUACCUGUGCACAGAUUAAGUACGUUCUGCAGGUGGAUUAAGAAUUGAAGAUUAAGAUACUUUUAAUGUGGAGUUUACAUCUGUUAUUCAUGCUGUAUAUUAGCAGAUAACAUACCACUACACAUUUUGGCACAUUUAACGCCUGCUUGUUAAAAGAAAAUAAAAUAAAACUGGAACUUAAAAUGAAA